GCCAGCCUCGCACGAUGAGUCGCCGAUGUUUCGUUUGUUUCCGAGUGUUUGCGCUUUGUGAUCAGUGAUCAUCCCCCCGCCUCCUUCUUUAACUGCCCGUUUCCCUCGCGUUCCCCGUAGAUAGAUUCUGUAUAUCUCAAUCGCAUUCAGCUCUCAUUACAUCCCCAGCGCAUCCCAAGCUCCGUCAUUGACCCAUUCCCUACUCUCGAAUUAACACGGCGGUAACUCCACAAAGAUGUUCUCGAGCCUCACAACCAAGAUCGCACUCAAGAAGAUUGGCCUGUCCAGCGAUGCUUUCAACUUUGCUCCCGCAGAGCCGGAGCCGAAGCCCAAGCCCAAAAAGCUGAACAAGAAUGCCCCUCCCGGAACGGUGCCCGGGCUCGACGAAGAGGACGACCCGUCGUCGAAGUGGCCAGCUUGGAUGUCGGUCAAGUCGCUGCCCCUCACCGUCCAGCCAUGGCUCUCGCCGCCGCCGCCACCAGUCCCCGUCGCCGAGUCCCCCAAGGUCGGCGACCCGGCACCUCUGGAUCGCGACCGCAAGCUCACCUUCGGCGGCGGCAAGGCAGUGAUGGUUGUCUUUCUCAGAUGCGUUGGCUGUGCCUUCGCGCAAAAGACCUUCCUCGCCCUCCGCACCCUCGCCAACCGGCACGCCAACACGCUAACCUGCAUCGCGGUCUCGCACUCGUCGGCGGCCGCGACGCGCAAGUGGGUCGACCUCGUCGGCGGCGCCUGGAACGUUCACGUCGUCGUCGACGAGGACCGCGCCGUCUACGCCGCCUGGGGGCUCGGCCUCGGCUCCGUCUGGUCCGUGCUCAACCCCCAGACCCAGGCCCAGGCCUGGCGCGAGAAGGGCUGGCUGGCCGGCACCGUCGCCGGCGCCAUCCAGCGCACGGGGACCCGCGGCCGCGGCCAGAGCGCCCUCGACGACGACGACGACAGCGGCGGUGCCAAGGGCGGCGGCGGCGUCGUACUCAUCGCGGGCAACGGCGCCGGCGUGGUUGGCUCCGACCUCGAUGGCCCCGCUACGAUCAUGGGGAAUAAGUGGCAGCAGGCCGGCGCCUGGGCCGUUGACGGUCGGGGGAAGAUCGUUUGGGGCGGCAGGGCGCUCAGGGCGGACGAUGUGCUAGAUCUGGAUGCUGGUAUCAAGGCGCUUGGUCUCUGAUCGAGGGCAAUUGCACGGUCAAUUUUGUUAAUGCGCGAUGCGGUCAUGAGUGACGGAGGCCUUGGGCUGAGUUGUUUGCUUUGCUUUGCUUUGCGGUACGAUACCCCUCGACAUGCCGGGUCCUUCUUCUUUCAUUCGGCCGGGUUUGGCUGAGGGUCGGCUGUUCUCUGUCUCGGAGCUGAUAGUUUUGG